UUGAGGCAAAGCAUUUGGCCUCUCUGGAGGGGAGGAAAAUCAAGGAGCUCUCCACAGCCACCAGAGCUAACACCUUGUCUAGUGCUGUGUCGUCACUGUCCAGCACUGGAAUCUCCCUCAGCCGCAUGGACGAGAAGGAGGACGAGAACAGGCUCAAGGACGAGGGAGCCAAGGUGAAUGACGUGCAGACGCCGACCGUCUCUCCCAGCGCCCAGUCAGUGGGCAGUGCCAACAGCAGCAGCGGGGCCACAGACCUCUUCUCCAACUCGCCUGUUGUAUCCGUUACAAAUAACGUGCCAAAUCUCACCGGUGACUUGUUCAACCUCCAGCCCACCUUCAACCCAGACAUCCAGAGCACACACACUGUGCCGCCUAACAACAACGCCUGGGGAGGUUUGGGGCUCCCAGGGGACCUGUUGAAGCCAGCUCAGCCCACACACAUCCACAGCCCUGGGAUACCACUGCAGUCUGGGGGGAAAAUGAUGCCCACUGACCUGGACUCCUCCUUAGCCAACCUUGUUGGCAACUUGCAGUUCGGAGRAACACCAGCCAAAAAGCCAGAGCUUCAGUGGACCCAGCUGGUAGAGAAGAAGCCCACGGGAGGGACUCACUGGCAGUCCAAAACCAUGUGCACCACCCCCAACUGGAACCAUCAUGCCCCCAUGGUUCCUCAGCCUAUGCCCAUACCACAAAUGAAUGGAAUGAUCUAUACUGGCUAUGCUCCGGCUCCAGUGGCUUUUCCUAUGACGACACCUCAAGUGCCUGUUUAUGGAAUGAUGCCUCCUCAUCAGAUGGGGCAGAUGGGUGGAGUCCCUAUGAUGGCACCACAGCAUAUGAUGUACAACCAACCUGUCCUUCGGCACACCAAUCCAUUCGCUCCCAUGCCAGGAGCCCAGAUGCACUUCAUGUAGGACCGGGAGUAUCUUACCAUGACAGUAAAGCAGAGAGACAAAACCAACCAGAACCAAAUGCAACGCGAGAUGGAAGAGAGAAAGGAGCAGAAGACGGCGGUGGAGACAGACUGGUGAUGUGUUGGUGUCGGUGCUCUUUCAGUGGCCUCUCUGUGGGAUGGAACCUCUGUUACAUUCUGCAUCAUGGCUGAUAUAAGAGUCCCAUCUAAGUCCUUUGACAAGUCACAGCUCACAUUCAUUCUGUAUUUGAUUUGCUCAUCUCAACGGGUAUCGUUCCGCCUGUUUGAACCCAUGCUAUGACGACGGCUGCAUUCCAGUUUGGAGCUUGGCCCCUUUGCAGCGAAUUCUAGACGACUGCCCGUCCCCCCCCCCAUCCGUCAGUGUCAAUGGACAUCUCUUUCUCUGAUAGUUUGCACGCACUUUAAUCAAUGUGAACUUUGCCAAGGGUGUACAUACGCAUUGUCCAAUUAGGAUCUCAUACAAAACACUACAGAACUCCUACGUCUUUUCUCUCCAAUGUUCACGUCAGAGUUGCGGUAGCCACCGUUUUCAUGCAUUUCAAUCAAUGUUCACCAAACAUUUUGGAGUCGGCUCCGUAUUCAUUCCAAUUUUUUUGGUUUCACAACCAGUUCUAGUCAGACAUUGGACAAAUGGCUUGGAGACACGUGGUUUGUGUACGUGUGUGCAUGUACAGUAUAUCUGUCUGUGUGUUCAUUUGCGGUGCCCUCGGAUCUAAAUGUACAGAAGCUAUUGUGUCAUGUUUUCGUAGGUUCCUGUGAAAGCUAUGGUCUGUGUGGCGAGGGCUGCCCACUGUACUAGUUUUAAAUGGUGUGCUCCGUGCCUACAUAGACCUACGGUGUACUCCUAUGAAAGAAAUGAAGAAGGCCCACUCAAGUUCAUACGGAACCGUCGUAAGUCAUGACACAUUCUGCCUCUGCCGUGCCACCCGUUGUUCGUUCUGCUCGAUGCUAUUUCAGGUUGUUUUUAUAUGUGAUCCAUGUUCCUUUAGCUACCACAACGGUGCGUGGAACUUCCCGGCAUCUCAUUCGAUUCUGCUCUUUGAAACAGAUACGCCGUCCUUGUAAUGGUCCUACCAGUCUCGCCCCAUGUCAGUGAGUAAACGUUGGGAGAGUGUUCUUUGUGUUUCUUCUCGUAUCGCCCCCAGGCCGAUGCCCAGUGAGUCGUCGCAUGCGUCGUUGUUGUGUUUCUGAGUGGCAGUUUGUUGUGGUGUGGCUCCUCACCAACCCCGGGAGAAUGUUUGUUGAGGAGCUUGUUUCGGAGACUCUGCUUCGCGAGACAGUGAAACUGACAAUCGCUCCAGUAAGUCAGCAACUAUGUGCCACGUUGUAACUCCAGCCCCAGAGAGAGCCUAGCUUGCUGACCUGGGCCAAUUUUUUUGGGCCGGAGGGCAGAGGACAAGUGAGGAGGAAGUAGAGAGAUCUGUAAAUGUGAUCGAGGGUCAUGUCUGUCAGAAACUCCCCGGCGUACGUAACGGUGACAGACAGACGGCAUAUAUAGCACAAACCCCGGAGGGGGCGAGCGUUUUACUGCACAAAACUAAAACCAUUGCUGGGAUGUACAGUCAAAGGGGCUGGGAAAUCCUUGUUUUCUAUUGAUUGUGUUUCUAUAUGUCCAUGCCUUCCCAGUGAGAUAAACAGGGUAGUGUUCCUCAACGAGGCCUCCCAGCUUCUGGUCCUAAGAGGUCAGUGGGGUCACUGAAGUCAUCCAGGCCAUCUGGUAGUGUGUAUUUAGCAAUGAGUAGGCAAGUGUCGUAACGUGUCUCAAUACAAGUCCGUCGUCUUUUAGAUUGCUGUAGAGCCUCUCAUUCUGCUAAUCAUUGGCUCUGUCAAGACUACCGCAUUCUGAUGCCCUGUGACCAGCCCAUAUUUUGUAGAUGUUCUUUGAAACGUAACUCUGUCUCAAUGUCAUCUGUGUCAAUUGAAUGCUUUUAUGCAAGUUCAUGCAGUCCCAUAGACCAAUUCUGACUGUUACGCUGUCCUCUGUAUAUACGCUUGUAUGUCUUUUGACAUGUGCUCUGUAAGUGAUAGCCCAUUGGGAGACAUGGGUUGUUAUUGCUGUGUCUGUGGUGGGGUCAUUGUGCUUGGCGGUGUCAUGGGGUGUACGUUUGUGUGUAUCUUGAUGAGGGAUGGGGGUUGGGUUCAACAGUAUCACAUCUGGUCUACCAAGAGUGUCUUCAUUGUGGCAGUGGACACUGUCCUCUCCGUACAGGAACAUUUUGCACCAAAGUCAUCAAGCGCAGCUUUUUCUCGAGGUCACAUUGCUGAUAUCCAAUUUGGAGGAAUUUGAUUUCAGCGACAAGUCUUUUUGCAUGAUUAGUGUUGUCUUUUUAUUGACUUGUGUGCCCGGUAAAGAGCAUGAUCAUAUGUGAAAUUUCACUUACCGGUGUGUUUGCAAAUGUUUCUGAAUUUCUCCAUGAGAUUUUGACUUACCUCUUUACAUAAGCGUCCAUUAGCGUUCAUAAAUGUGUGUGUCCCACCAGAUAUAACUGUGUGUCUGUUUUGCAUUUGAAAUGCAAUUCAAAGCUCUUAUCAAAUAUCUAUUCAGUUACGAGACCACACAUUUGUGAAACAACAUGAAUAUUAAGGCUAUGCAUCGCCUAGCUAGCUCGACAUUCAAGUCUUGUAAACCCCUCCUUGUGAAAGCGUUGCUACUUUCAAUACAUUUUGUUGAACGCUUGCUAUUUYUUUGUUUGAGUACUCUGCCAACGUUUUUGGAUUUCUCUAAGUGUGUUCAGUCUUACAUUUACAUUUAAGUCAUUUAGCAGACGCUCUUAUCCAGAGCGACUUACAAAAAGUCUUGUCCCUCUUCCAUUAGAUCACGUCAUUCUCGGCCAAUAUUGGUAAUCUUCCUUUAYGCCCGCAGUGGAAAAUCUCGCUCCCUUAUCUUUUAGCCACCGAAAGAUGUCAACAUGCAUUGUCACUUUUUGCCUGAUGUACUCUGGCUAUGUAUAAUAUACAUUUAUGCAUAUUUCACAAUAUGAGCACAGUAUACCUAUCUAUUGUUUACCGUGUUCUACUCCAUAUUGCCCAUCUGAAAACGGUCAUUUUUCCCCCUGUGAUGAAACGAAGCAUUGUCCAGGAUGUCCUGUUUUGGAAGUGAGGGUCCAUACCUUUUUUGAUUUUUCAUUUCUUUUUGUACAUCAAAUGGAUUGAUAACACAUAAUACACUGUAUUGUCAAUGCUAAAUUACAUUGUUAUAAACAAUUGUUUUUUUCUUUUUAAAUGCAGAGGUUGUUGUUUUUGGAAGACAAUUGAAUAAAAUGUCAUAUGUUG